UGACUCACAACCUUCCCAACUGGCAGCAAUUGCUCAACCCAGUUGACAUUAGCUCCCUAGCACUCACCCCUGUCACCCCCAUAACCACCAACCCCACCGCCGGUAAACAACCCGUUCGCAAAAGUUGGAUGGAUUACCAAGGCUUCAACAACUGGGAAAACCUUCUCGACCCUCUAGACGACAAUUUACGGGGUGAGAUUAUCCGGUAUGGUCAGUUUGUCGAUGCCGCAUACAAGGCAUUUGAAUUUGAUCCAGAUUCCAAUUUUUACGCAACAUGCAAGUACUCGAAAGCCUCAUUGUUUGAAAAAUCCGCGCUUCCGGGAACUGGCUACAGGAUUACAAAAAAUUUACGUGCCAUCGGAAUCCAGCUUCCAAGCUGGAUAGAAAAGGCGCCGAGCUGGGUCGCAACACAGUCCAGCUGGAUUGGCUACAUGGCGGUCUGUCAAGACAAGGAGGAAAUUGCAAGGCUUGGAAGACGGGACGUAGUGAUUGCCUUUAGAGGGACCGCCACGUGUUUGGAGUGGCUCGAAAAUCUUCGAGCCACUCUCACCCAACUUCCGUCCAGCCCUAAGGACAACUGUGAACCAAUGGUCGAAAGUGGAUUUUUGAGCUUAUACACUUCAGGAACCGACUUAAUCCCAAGCUUGCAACAAAUAUUACGCCAAGAGAUUGCGCGGUUGCUUCAAUCCUACGGCAACGAGCCUCUCAGCAUAACAUUCACCGGGCACAGCCUCGGCGCCGCGCUUGCAACGCUCGCAGCGUACGACAUAAAAACUACGUUUAACCGGUCGCCGCUAGUCACCGUCUUUUCGUUUGCCGGGCCACGUGUAGGAAACAGUAGCUUCCGCCGGAACUUGGACAAGAAAGGCCCAAAAGUUUUACGCAUUGUGAACUCCGACGAUGUAAUAACUAAAGUACCUGGUUUCGUAGUCAAUGACAAUGAACGGCGCCACUUGGCAUGCGACAGCGGGUUCCGAAAGGCGGUGGAGUUCCAGAACUGGAUCCACCAGAAGGUGGAGGACACGCAGUUGUCGUACGCGGAGGUUGGGAAGGAACUCAGGUUAAGUAGCAAGGACUCGCCGUACCUGAUGGGCACCAACGUGUCAACGUGUCACGAGCUCAGCACGUACCUCCACCUCGUCGACAAUUUCCAGAGUUCAAAAUGUCCGUUCAAAGCCACGGCCAAGAGAAUAUUCAGCAAAAAACAGUAA